CUUGCGUGUGACGUCAGUAUUCUUCACGUGUGGACGGUCUGCUACCACAACAUUUAGCUUGUUUAUGAACCGAUUAUACAAAUUAACUCCUCAUCCUGUGAUACCGACAUACACACAGAGACAGCCAUGACCUCCAACUGCCGACGGCCUGAACACACAGCUCCUCCAGAUGUGUUCUACAAUGAAGUCGAGGCGAAGAAAUACUCUCAGAACUCUCGAAUGAUUGAGAUCCAGACCCAGAUGUCAGAGAGAGCUGUAGAGCUUUUAAACCUGCCAGAGGGACAGCCUUGCUUCCUGCUAGAUGUUGGGUGCGGCUCUGGUCUCAGUGGAGACUACCUGUCAGAGGAGGGACACUACUGGAUUGGAAUCGACAUCAGCACCGCAAUGCUGGAUGUUGCACUGGACAGAGAAGUAGAGGGAGACCUUUUAGUGGGGGACAUGGGCCAGGGGAUGCCUUUUCGUCCCGGCACCUUUGACGGUUGCAUCAGUAUCUCUGCCCUGCAGUGGCUCUGCAAUGCAGACAAGCGGACACAUAGUCCUCCAAAGAGACUCUACACCUUCUUUAGUACGCUGUACUCCUCUCUGUCAAGAGGCGCACGUGCAGUUUUUCAGCUUUAUCCAGAGAACUCGGAACAGCUUGAGCUGAUCACGACGCAGGCCAUGAAGGCAGGCUUCAGUGGAGGCAUGGUGGUGGAUUACCCCAACAGCAGCAAGGCAAAAAAGUUCUUCCUAUGUCUGUUUGCUGGAGCAACAGGAGUCCUCCCCAAAGGAUUGGGAUCAGAAACUUCAGAUAGAGCGGUUCCAAACCAGGUCCAGUUUUCAGGACAAAGAUGCCGGUUCAAAAACAUGAAGGGGAAAUCAGUGAAGAAGGGACGAGACUGGAUCUUUGAGAAGAAGGAGAGGAGGAGAAGACAGGGACGGGAGGUUCGAGCCGAUACAAAAUACACCGGACGUCAGAGGAGACCUCAUUUCUAGCUCUUACUCAUGCAGCUGUGCUUUCAUUAGCUUUCGUAUGUACCACCUCGCUCAUAAGCAUCACUGGAACUGGAGAGUGUUGGGACUUAAUUUUUCAACUCUUGAAUUGAGAUGUAAGAGAAAAACGCUAUUACAGCCAAUCCUUUUUAUAAUCAGUUGAGGGUUUGUCAGUUUGUUUCUCACAAAUGGUGGUAAGAUUUCACUCUCCAUGUUCAUGUUGGCUGGAAGACACCAAGUACAUGGACAGACGUGUACUUCUCACAUGUCUGUAAGUACGUACUACUUGGUAACACAAUGUGCACAGUUGACAAAACCAUCAAUGUCAUAGAAAUAAAACAUUUUUUUUAA